AAUGGGGAAGCGCGCCGUCGCGGCGUGACGUGGGCCGGUGCCCCAUGGCAGAGGGCAGAGGACGGGGCGGCGGGGGGCGAUGGCUUCCUCGGUGGUGAGGGCCACCGUGCGCGCCGUCAGCAAGCGCAAGAUCCAGGCUACGCGCGCCGCCCUCACCCUGACCCCGUCAGCUGUUCAGAAGAUAAAACAGCUUCUUAAAGAUAAACCUGAGCAUGUAGGUGUGAAAGUAGGUGUUCGUACAAGAGGAUGCAAUGGACUUUCUUACACGUUAGAAUACACAAAAUCGAAAGGAGACUCCGAUGAAGAAGUAGUUCAAGAUGGGGUUAGAGUGUUUAUUGAGAAGAAGGCACAGCUGACACUUCUAGGAACGGAAAUGGACUAUGUAGAAGACAAACUGUCCAGUGAAUUUGUCUUCAAUAAUCCAAACAUCAAAGGAACGUGUGGCUGUGGAGAAAGCUUCAACAUCUGAAAUCUCAGGACUACUUCUUUGACUCUGAACACCCCAAAACACUUACUAUUAUGGCUUUUGGAAACAAAUGCAUUUUCUUCAGGUUCGUAGGCUGCAUAAAAUGGGGAUAUUAUUAAGAAAAAAUAAAUCAUUUUGAAAAUGUAAAUUGUGUGUUAAAUUCCACUGCUGUUGUAGUUAUGCUGUAAUUUGUGAUGAGUUAGGAUCCAAAAGGUAAGAACAGUAAGCACUGUAGUAACAUCUCUGUACUUACACGUCAAGGAAAUAAAAUCUCACUGUUCUUUUCCUUUGUCAUUUCCUUUGUCCACUCUACUCACACCUCCCCAUCCGAAACCCAUUUGAAAGAAUAUAUUGCCUAUGUGUUCUGCUUUGAUUUGGCGGGUGGGGGGGGGGAGGGGAGAGGAAACACAACCGUUUAUAUGUGUUUGUUUAUAAAGAUUUAUAUACACAGGCACACAGUCCUCCGCUUCAGCAUUCACUAUGAUUACGUAGAUGCUUGCUUUGUUUUUGUAGUUUUUCUGAUGCUUUCAUUUUUCAUGUGUGGGUUUUUUGGUGUUUUAUUUUCCCAUAAAUCUGGGAAAGUCCAGAAAGAAGUUCAUGCAUUAAUAUAGCUGUGAGCUACCAUAGCACUGCUUGUAGACAUACUCAAAAUGGGCUAACCCAAUUUUAAUUCUGUUCUGUUCCUUGUAAAAGGCACAGUCUCUGCCAUACUUAGAAAGUCAUUUUCAAGAACAUGAAAUAUAUUCAGGCACUGGAGUACUAAAGCAGGAUACAUACAGGCAUCAUUUCUCACAUUUCUGUUGCUUAUCUUUCUUAACUUAAAUUGCAAAGUUGGUAAAAUGCCUCCAGAUUCUGAUUUCCCCAUUUUCACAGAAUGUGCUCUCUGUGCACCAAAAGCUAUGAACACUUUUUUUUUGAGAGAGAAAUCUUACACUUCUGACUACUGUUUUUUGUAGUCACGUCUGCUACUAAUUUUGUUACAGCUUGAACACUGUUUUGUAACUGUAUGUACUAGGGUUUUUCACCAAAGCUAUGGUAGCUUCUGUUUAGCUCCUGUUGUGAAGUUAACUUGGUAGCAGGAGAAAAAGCAUUUAUAAUUUCAAAAGCCCUAGUAUUUAGUAAUUGUUUUAAAUAAAUCUGGACAGUAAUUAAAAUACUAUGUUUAUAGGACACCUUUUUUUCCUUUAGAAUUUAAACUUAUUUUCUCAUAAUUGUGUAAAGAGUGUUUUUUCAGGCUUAUGAAGUCUUCAGCACUUCUUCACUGGUGCUCAGGUGGAAGUGUAAAUGUCUUGCCAGGCCUUCCCAAAAGCUGGUAUGAGAAGUACUAUUCCAUCCUUUUAUCGCCAUGUUUCCCUGAAUGUCCAAAGAUGACAUUGGGCUGCUAAGCUGCUCACUUGUGCAGAAGAGAAGAUAAUGUAUCUGCCUGGGCAACUGAUGGGAACAGCUGGUGAAAAGAGUACAAAUAAAAAGCAGGGGACAACCGGGACUGGGAUCUUGCAGUCCAAGACAGGAAGGUGUUGAGAUGGGAGUGAACUGAGAGCAGUAAGGCUGCGUGUUGAAAAUCCAGAGGUCAUCUUGAUCUGGACAGUUGUACCCACAUGCCUGUCAACACCUUUGGAAUAGUAAUGUGCUGAAGA